AUGAAGUCCCCAAAUGGAUUCUUGCCGUCCAAAUGGACUAGAUUACUUGUUACAAAUAGACGUAUUUCCCAAAACUAUGCAUGUAUUCGUUGGAAUCACCUGAGUGUAGAUUCUCAGCAAGCAAGACAACAAGUAUCUACAACUCCCAAGAUGCCUGAAGAAAUAGAUGCUACAGAAAAAUCGUUUGGGGGACUUGCAUACGAUCUUAGUCAGCUUCUUGAUGAAGAUACUUUAGUGGGGAAACAAAAAGAUCAAAACCAAAGCUCGGAACAACUUCCAAUUGGAAGUAUGAUGGAGUCAUCGAGUGAUUCCGAGCCAAUGGAUUUUCAACAACUAAGCAACUUUAUCAAAGAAGCUUACGAAAAGAACCCAAAUUACAAAGAAAUAGAGAGGAUGAGUCCUAUCAGUAAAAGAAGUCAAGUGGAUUAUUUUGAGGCUUUAUUUUCAAAGUAUGGUGGUACACUGGAUCGUGGCAGAAAGACGAAAACACAAUCAUCUGUUUCUGAUUCGGAACAGGAUAGAAUUUCGUCACUAAAGGAACAACUUAGGGGCGAGCUAACUUCCAGAUGCACUGUUGCGUUAUCGCCAACUAUAUCCCAUUUCAAGACAUAUAAGUCGUCUGAUGAAUUAUUUCAAACUGCUCAAACAAUCCUAAACAAUUUUGCAGAAAAGGUGCAAAGUGUGGGCAAGAAAACUAGAAAAUCAAACACAAAUGACACAGAUUCAGUGAAGCUAGCACAAAUGAGGCAAGAAAUAUUUGUGCAGCAUUUGUUUCGGCCAACAGACAACAACCGUUGGCUGGACGUACACGAAGAGUACGUUAAUAAUGUCGAAGUGCAAUCAAGAUUAUCACCUGAAAACCCCAUUUGCGAUGUAAUAACAUUACCCAUUAUAUUCAACGAGAUAAUAGAUUGUUUGGCUUUCAAGUUCAACCAAGGACAGUUGGCGAUGUCAUUAUUUGAUUUGAUCGAGAAAGAUUUCACUUUUCAUACAAUUGCUGUCAACCAACAAACUUAUAAUUUGAUAUUACGUCUUGUUUGGGUAUAUUAUGGAAACACCAAUUUGAACCAAUUUCACAAAAGAUAUCACAGAAUGAAUUCAUUAGGGUUCACAGGGGAUGUUAAAACCCUAAACAUUUUGAAAACUGUGUACAACGAGUAUGAUAGAUUGAAGAAUGGAAAACUGAUCUUUAAUAAUAGCAAUAACGCAAUUUAUACUCCAGAAGACAACAUGAGAAUGGAGUAUUUUGAAAAGGAAUACAACCGAUUAAAAGACAGACUUGAACACGGUGUACAGCACAAGAGUUUUAUGUUAAACAAUUAUUAA